CGAGAAUUGAAUAAUAUUAUUAGGAUGGAACAACCGUAUCUCAGUGCAAUGCGGUACAGUUCUCUGAUUCUGUCAGAAGUCGCAUGGAGUCCUUUUGAAUUAUUAAGAUUUAUUGGCAGUAAGUACACAACAACAUUAUUUCUUAAAUUGGAGCUGUUGAAUAAUUCAUAAAACUUAAUUAACCUAGAUAUUAACGCCAACGAUGUUCGGCACUUUAUCGAUAAGUUCUUAUCGCACAUGUUUAUUGAAGCAAUGUUGUACGGUAACGUAGACAAACAAAUGGCAUCAAUCCUUAUCUAUGAAUUGAAGAGAAUAUGUUUGACACGUGUAGGAUUUCGCCCAUUAUUGCCACAAGAAAUGAUCAGAUCCAGAGAAGUCGAAAUGGACGAUGGUGAGAGCUUGUUGUAUGAACGUGUGAACUAUUUUCACAGCAAUUCGUGUGUUUACGUUAAUCUGCAAUGCGGUAUUCAGAGUACGAAGAAUAACAUGGUAGUCAGAUUGUUUAAGCAAAUCAUCGAAGAGUCGUGCUAUAACAUUUUACGUACACAGGAGCAACUUGGCUAUGUGGUCAUGAGCCUUAAUGGAAAAUCGAACGGUGUACUGUAUGUAGGUAUCCUUGUUCAGUCAAGCCACAGCCCUACAUUCGUUCACACCCGGAUAGAGAAUUAUUUGAGCACCGUUGAGGAAUUAUUGAACGAUCUUUCCGAAGACGAUUUUUCCAGGAACAAAGACUCGCUAUCCAUAAAACUGGCAGAGAAGCCGAAGGGCCAGAGCGAGCAAGCGGCCGUCUUCAGGUCGGAAAUCAAAAAUCAAUACUACAAUUUCAAUCGAGCGGAGAUCGAAGUAGAAGAGUUAAGAUCGAUCACCAAAAGCGAUAUUAUCGACUUUUACAACGAAAAAAUCAGUCGCACCGGGUCAAAAAGGCGCAAGUUGGCUGUACACAUUAAAUCAUCAAUGGACGAUGCGAUCGAUAAACUUAAGUCCAACAGCAAUUCUCUAGCGAACAAAUACUCAUUAGCGACCAUGAACGUCCAAAAAAUUAAGGAUAUAAUCGAAUUCAAGAAGAGUCAUCGGCUGUAUCCAGUGCCAAAGUCGUUUAUACCCAUUGAAACCACUUCAAUAAAAUUGUUAAAUGAUGAUCCAGAUAUUUUAUACUAUGGAAUAUCGCAUGGACGACGCAGAAACGAAUUUUCAUCAUUGUAGGUGCCGUAUAUAGUUAUAUCUGCAGCUUACAGUAUAACAAUAAUAAUAUAUACUCCAGUCACAUAAUAUAUUCUACUCAAACGGUACUCGUUCUUGUGACUUGUCACCCUGUCAACAAGCCAAGCAUGUGUACAUUUUUCAUUAAAUACCUAGUUAAACAAUUUACUCUUAUAUAAUAGUACCUAUAGUACCUACCCAUAUAGUUAAUAUCUAGUAAUUAAAAUGCAUAAUUGUUAUAGGAAAUAGUAGUAUAGAGACAUAGUAAGUAGUUGUAGGUAGUAGCUAUAUAAAUUAUUGUCAUAUUGGUAAUAAUUAUUAUUUAGGAGUGUAAGAAGUUAGUAGUAUAAUUAUUAAUAUUGUAUGGUACUUAUUUGGUGACGUAUAACUAUGGACAGAAAGUCUCUCCCGGUGGAUGAGGUAACUAAUAAUAGAGAGAAUACGGGACGAGAUGAGACACUAAAUGUGUAACUCGCUGUAGUAUAUUAAAUUUUUAGAAAAAUUCUGAAUUUAUGUACCAUUUACAAGUCAAUGUUCCUUAAAAUUGUUCACUUAAAAAUAUUUAAAAAUAUUAUGCAAAAAAAAAAAAAUGGAAUUUGUCCAAUCUUAAUCGCACCAUAGGAUAAGAUGAGACAUACAAAUGCCCAAUAGAUUUUCAAAUAUAUCAACAUUGGAACUUAUUUUUAAGAAUUUAAAAAAAAACACAAAUAUAAGUAAUUAGCAAACAUAUUUUAUUUUAUACCCAGACUUUGGCAAUACUUUAACAGACCCCACAUGAGUUGUCUCAUUAUGCCCCAGAUAGAUAUAUAUGGAGAUAUAUUUUCUAACAUUCGCUUAUGCCCCGCAGUAUAGUUAGUACUUAUGUCACCGAAAAGUACCUUUAUCAGUAGACUAGUUUAGUAUGUAAAAAAUAAUACUUAUAGUAUAUUAUAUUAUAGUUUAGAGAUAAGGUAGUUAAUAUUAGUUAUAUAUAAUUUUAAAGUGUCUCGCUUUGCGUUUACCCUCGUGCUUACCCGUAUUCACUAAUAAUUAAGCUGCUUGUGUGCGUCAUUCACAUGCCUAGGCAUAUGUACUGCAUAAUUAGAACACCUGAUGAAAAUCUACAAUAAAUAUUAAACGUUGAAAAUAUAUAAAUAAAUCAUAGUAACUACAUUUUGAGGAUCAAGAUAACUAAUGGUUAUAUUUUGAGAUAACGUUAAAAAAAAAAAUUAAAACGGUGUUCGGAAAUGUAUGUAGUAAAUAUAGGUACGCAUAAAUAGGUACAAAUUCAAAUAUAACACAAUAAUAUAAUAUGAAUAACGUCAACAUUUAAAAAAAAAAAAUUAUAAUGAGUAACGAUAAACGAUAUUCGAUAACAAUCACUAGAAAGAAACGUAAAAUGUUAUUAUUUUUCCUUGAAAAAAGAACUCGUUCCAGGAAUCCGUUCCUUUUGGAACUCAUUCCUUCCAAACACUG